AUGUCAGCAACUGCGGGGAAAAAUGCUUGGCAUAUAAUUAUCUUUAACGAUAGUGGGGAGUUAUCAAGAACCGACCUUUUAGAAGAACUAAGAGUUCAUGAUGGUAUUUUGAUGGGCAUAAUGGGCUUUAAUUCUUUCCUGAUGAAGAAAUUCAAAAAUAAUAUGGGUGAAGAUAUUUUCAUUCGUGAACUGGAGUGUAAUUGGUUACCGAUUCGCGAGAAAGGGUACGAAUUCAAUGAAUUAGCUUUUGGAGAAACCACACUUGAUACUUGUUCGAUCAAUACACCAUCUAGGAAUCUGAUGAAAGCAGUGAGUUCGAAGAUGUUGUGGUUUUGA